UUCAACGCAGCGUCAGUCACCCCGAAUAAGCCCUUGCACCCUGGUACCCCCUCCCUCCUCUCUGCAGCCCUGGCCACAAGACCGGAUCACGAGCCCGCCGAAGCCUGACCCGAUGUGUUAUUUACGCGCCAAACUUCAGCAACUCAUCCACCGGAUAUGGCUGCCGGUCUGAGGAAGCGUGCGCCGGGGGCAGCCCGGGGAGCGGACCCUGCUCCGGCGAGGGAUGCUGGAGAAGGAGAAGGAGGAGGAGAAGAGGUGAUGCGUGCAAGAAGAAGAAGAAGGAGAAGGAGAAGGAGAAGAGGGCUGGGAAUGCCUGCAAAGUGUACGCUGUCUGCGGGGAUGUUUUUACUCCUGCUCCGGUGUUCUUUGGCCGCAGAGGAAAGGAACACCAAUGAUGCCUCUGGCUCGUCAUCUUUAUCAAGCGACCCCGCAGUCCCAGCUGCUCCUGCUCAUCCAUCGGGUGACCAGCGGGUGCCUUUUGCGGUCCCCAACUCAGAGGCUGGCUCAGAAUCUGAGGGGCGAGGUCUAUUGGGCCUACCUGCCUUUUCGUCUGUCUUAACUGUCAUGGCGGAAUCAGUCAAACAUCCAGAGAGCCUUGGUCAUAGUCGAACUUCCCCAACACUGUCCACUGAUGUCAACAUCACCCAAUGGCCUUCACACAGUUAUAACCGAGACUCUUCAUCAUCCCCAGUGGCGGAAACGGACAAGUUAACCGCUGGGACAUCCAGAGUGUCUGUGCCCCUUUCUCCCCAAGAGGCCAGACUAGCCCCUUCUAAAUCCGCCGGAGUGACUUCUCCCCCUGGGCCCACUGAGAGGACAUCUCAGGUAACACCUCUGACUGCUCGUCAGGACACCACAACAGCCUCGCUGAAGCUCAGCACCACGAGCGUGGCUACAAGCACCACUACAAGAAUGCCCCGCAGUUUGACGCCUUUGCAAAGAGUCACCACCACGCAGUCCACCCCCAUAACCUCGUUGCUGCCUGCGACUGUCUCCUGGAAAACAACAACCACUACAACCAUCAGGGCUCCAUCUACCAGGAGAAUAUUCACACCACCCAUUCCGAGGACAAGCCCUCCGAGAGUAGGCACUCCUGUCGUCAUCUCCCCUUUUACCACCACCACUGAAGCGCCACCUCAGCAAUGCAACAUCACGGAAAGAAUGUGGGUGAGAACAGUUGUGUCCAUCUAUGUGAGGAGGAACAGGCUGGACAGCAUCCAGAGGCAGAAUCUGCGCCGGGGACUCAGUCAAGGCCUUCGGAAAGCUUUGAAUGAUAGCUCAGUCCAAGCACAGGUGGAGACUGUAUUUGGUUCGCCCAACAUGACUGUGGCUUAUCACGUGACUGGAAAAGACAUGGUCUACGUCCCCUCCAUGGUGCUUUCGGGCUUGGAUGCUUAUGGUCGCGAUAAACUGAUUUCAGACCUGCGACAGUACCUCCCCAUGGUUACAGCACUUCCCAUUCCCAUUGCAAUGUGGAGAAGCAGCCCGGCUCCUGGCUUCCAGCUGAAAACAGUUCUCCAGUUUGUGGGAGCUGCCGAUGAUCCGCGCUCAUGUAAAUUUUCCCAAAUGAUGGAAGAGAGGUUGGAGAAGGUUUUUUCCGAAGCAAAGGCCAAAGCGGUCAGUGACAACAGAAAACUUUCUGUACAGAUGCUGAGUGUCUCCCAGGCUGCAGGCUCUCCUGCUGUGUCAUUGGUUUACAGUGUGAAAAAUGGGACUGUCUUUCUUAAUGGCACCACUGCUUCAAACCUCCUUGGUCAGCUGUCCUCGGAGCUGGUGGGCUACUUCCUCUUCUACCCGCCGCUUAUCGUCGCUGAACCCCUGGAGUAUCACAACCUAAACACUUCUAUCGCCACCAGAGACUUUUGGGUUAUCACAGUAAUCCAGGAUGUGGACAACGCCAGCCUGGCUGAACUGUACCAAAGCUUUGCCAGUCUGAUGGAGCAGCGGCUCGCCGAGUUGUUUGUGUUGGCCCGCCAGCAGGGCACUCGCUUCAGACGUGCUACCGCUGUAGGCAGCUACACUGUCCAGAUGGUGAGUGUCAGAAGGGUGCCGGGAUUGAAGAAUCCAGCAGAGAUGACCUACUACGUGCAACACAAUGGCUAUCCCUUAGCGGGCACAUCAGCUGCCAAGGUCCUCAACACUGUGGAUUCUCAGACUAUGGCGCUCACCCUGGGCUACUUUGUUCAGCUGCAAGCAGAACCUGUGGUCAAGAACCCUCCAAAUAACCUUUGGAUCAUCGCCGCAGUGUUGGCGCCAAUAGCUGUCGUGACGCUCGUCAUCCUCAUUAUCACAGCUGUGCUGUGCAGAAGGAACAAGAAGGACUAUAAAGCAGAUGCCAUUGGAAACCUCAAUCCACGAGCUAAGAUGGCGUAUCGGAGGGAUGUCAACUACUAUCACCAGCCGGUUCAAGGUUUUGACUACGCAAAGCAGCAUUUGGGGCAGCAGGGAGGAGACGAGGAGACCCUACCUGCUGGUCAAGAUACUUUGAUGUUAUCCUUGAAAAUUCGGGAUGCGCCACCUUCGCUGGAGAAGUCCUUGAAACAUGAGGUCAACAAGGCGAACCUCACCAGUGACAAACACAAAAGCAAGUUGUUGAGUGAGGACGGUUCCGUCAUCAGCAGCGAAUCAGAGCAGCGGAAUUCCGUCCGGGGCUUGGCGGCGCCGAAAGUCACAGCGCAGCAGAAACCAACAAAGGAGGAGACGCGCAAGAGAGACGACCCAUACGACACCUCCUCUGGCUCCCUGCAGCUCAUUUCAAUAAAGCCCAUGACGGCUCAGCUCAACUACUCACAACAUCUUUCCUCCGAGCGCGACUCAGCCAUGCUCAACGGAGAGGUGAACUUGGCUCUCAAGCAGCGGUCGGACGUCGAGCACUGCAGGAACAAACUGAGGGUCAAGCCCAAGAAGAAGGGCUAUUUCGACAUUCCUCCUAUGGAUAACAGCAGCUACAGUGGCUGGGCCCUCUCACAAAGACAGCAACGACAUGGCCACGAGAGGGCUGAGCCUGAAGAGGAGCGAAGUUCCACCUAUGUCAAGUCUCACGUGAGGCACAAUCAGGUAGGGCAGACAUCAUAUCGCAGCAGACAGAGCCUGAACAGUCCAAGUCCUGGAGGAACUGAGAUGGAUUUGCUUGUGAUGAGGGAGAGACCCAGGAAAGGCAUCCGGAACAGUGGCUAUGAUACCGAGCCUGAGUUGAUUGAAGAGACAAACGUCGACCAUUUAAUGGAUCAGAGGGGCUUCGUGUACGGCCGCGGUCUGAAAGGCCAGUCACAGGCGUCCACGCUGAGCUCACAGCCAUCCAUUGAUGAAGUGCGGCAGCAGAUGCACCUGCUCCUGGAGGAGGCAUUCAGCCUGGCCUCGGGGGGACACUCCACAUCCGGGAGGCACUCCCACCACCGUCGCCCCCCUCCUGAUCAAUACAGCGCCGCUCCAGCUUCACUUCCCUAUGCAGAUGUGGUGACCAGUGCUCCGGGCACAAUAAGCUGCAGUCGCGGAGGACUACAGUGGAGCCCGUCUUAUGGAGCAGACGUCUAUCAGUGCAGUUUACCCAAACCAGCCUUUCACUUCACCCAGCUGCCUGAUAUGGCAAUUAGCUCUCCUCCUCCUUUACCACCUCGCACUGGACCACCUCCUGGCACCUCCUUAAGACGUUCCAUCUCUGACCUGGGGCCCAAGGGAAGGAGCUCUCAGACAUCUGUCACUGAAAUGCAGAGUCCACAUGACAACAACCCAUAUGGGCCAAGCUCCAAGGCGGCACUUCCAUCCAUCACUAUAGAGCAGCCUGUGUCCAACUACUCAGGAAACCCAAUAACAGCCAUCUAUUCCAUCCCAGCCAGCAGGCCGGGCUACUCAGACUAUUACGUCUCCGCCUCGCCCACCUCCUACCACAGUCCCUCUUGGAUGUCCUAUCCUCCUGAACCGGAAGAUGUGCCGCAUCAGUGGGCAGACUCUCUUCCUUUGCCGGGUUAUGUCGAGGCUUUUCCCCAUCCUCGCUACCCACAGGGAAGCCCCUCCUUACUCCCCCUACAGUACACUCAGGCUCUGGACCAACAGCCUGCCACCCAGAGCACAGCAUCCCAGAAAAGCUUGCAGCAGGUGGGGAAGGACACGGACAGCAUUCCCCUGAGCAACCUCUCCACUUCCGCACUUGUACACGCUAUAAGGCAAGAGGUGGCCAAGCUGGCAAAGAAGCAGAGUGACAUGUUUGAUUUCUAGUAUGGAUCCCACCCCUUUGUCUCCAGGGGUUAAUGUCACAUUGACCCACAACAGACUAAUGAAAGUGGAAAUCUUUCAGACUGCUUUUUGAUGUUUGUACUGUAAAAUGACCAGAUCUUAUUAACCCAUUGACUGAUUUAUUUUCUUACACCAGUCAACUGCUCGCAUAAAGCAACAGAACAUUUGUAGUUUUAUUUUGGAGAGGAAAACUCCACCUCCUGCAAUUGAUAUUCGAAGUGACUGCACACGUCAUUGUAGAUAUGUCAAUAGUACGAGCAUACUGUAUGGGUAGGAAAAUGUGCUUAUAUGAAAGGAUGUGAACAGUCAAAAUAAGCAUUGUUUUUACCAAAAGUACCAAACACUUCCUGACAGCCUGGCCGUGGACCGCAGUGUAUAGAAGCAUGUAAAAUGAUGUUUUAUCCCAUUUGAUGGCGUCAAGCAGAUUUGGUGGCAACGCUGUUGGCCCUUUUUAAACAUCACCAUAUCAUGACCAACUGCCUCAUCAAACUCAACAAUUCCAAUAUUUUCAAAUUAGUCAUCACGAUAGAACCACCAUUAAACCGUUGCUGAGAAAAACAAACAAACAAACAAACAAACAAACCAAAAAAAAAAACCACGACACGCAUUUAGCGAUUCAUCUGAGUGGAAGAGACAGUCAUACUUUGGGAUAAAAGCCUUCACGGGUAAUGCUCAACUCAAUUGUUACUGCAGAAUUGCUGUCUGGGGAUUGUGACUUGGGACUGAGUGCCAAUAAGUGCAUGGAAGUUUAUAGCAGGGAUGCUGCAUAAACAUCCUGGUGCUAGCGAUUGCCUCCUAGCAAUUUAAUAUUGCUAAUAACACGCAGGGCUAUAUAAAGCAAUGAUGUUAGAAGAACGCGUCGAGUUGUGAGAAGUGAUUUGACUCAAAUGUAUAAUUCACAGCUCCAUUUAUGAUUUUCGCCCACAAAAAAAAAAAAUGGUUUGUACUUAUACAUUUUGCUUAGGAAAAUAUUCAUUGAAGUAGUUGCUUGAAUCCCAAAAUUACUUCUACUGAUAAACCAUAGCAGCACUUAAUAUUUAAACUGUACAACAUACAGUCAAGUCAUACUUGUGCACAUCAGCAGUGGACACAGGCUCAUGGUGGAAAUACAGGGAUAUGAUAACGAAAGGUUUUUAGAUGGUCAUUGACUGAGCUAACAUGAACAUGAGCUAAACACUCUAAAAUCAAUGUAUUUUUGACUUCCAUGACUGACUUCCUAAUUUCCAAUUAAUCUGCUCAUUGAUUGGAGAGUGAGACAGAGUGAAAGAACUAAUA